AUGACCUAUUAGAAUAAUAUUAAUCCGCACUAGUAGUUGCAAAAUUAGGAUGAAGUGAGGGAAUAUUAACAAAAUAAUCUUUUCCUUGAAGAUGAUUACUCUGACGAAGAUGAUAAGCUUUUUGAUCAGCUUGAAUAGGACAACAUAGUAGCAAAAAUCUAAGAAUCAAUCGAUGAGCUCCUUGAAAAGGGCAAAAAGAAAUCGCUCAAAUAUGAAGAAUUGAUGCAGAGGAGAAAUGCAAGAAAGUAAAAACUAAUGCAGUUAGAUGAAGCUAAAACUUAUCUUUUGCUUCACAUUGGUAGAUCAUUUGUGUUUAAUGGACAUCAAUAUAAUUCUCUAUACCGAGCUAUAGUUCUCUCAAUGAUACCUAUCCAGUACCAAAUCAAAUUUAUGGAUCGAAAUCUCUUCUAGCUGCCAUCAUAAUCAUAAUCAAGAUAAAGCCAGAAGAAGGAAUCAUUUUAAAGCAUCAUCAGUGAAAUUCUGAAAAACUUCUAGAAAUUGUUUGGCCAUCAUUUGUAGCCAGAGAGGGAAUGCGUGAUAACCAAUGAAUCUCAUUUCAUUAAAAACCUAGUUGAAAAUAAAGGACUUUCUAGGAUAGAGUACCUGAUACUUUUUACAAUAUUUAUGAAUCUUCAUAAGAUAGUUCACAGAGUUAAUUUCAUCAUAGAUAUAUAGACCAUGGAAGAUAGCAAGAAAAUAAAGGUUACAAGAAAAAAGACCAAGGAUAAUCAAACUAAGUAAGCUAGAGAUAAAGCAGGAUAUAGUAAAAAAACAGAGGGAGAUUAUUACCAAUAUGGAAAAGAAGAAGAAAUUAGGAAAAAUAAGAAAAGAAAGAGGGAUGAUUACUUUCUGUAGAAGAAGCAAAUGCAAAUAAGUGAUACUGAGGAGGAAGUGGAAAAAGCUUCAUUUUUGUCAGAGUCAUUCAAGAAGUUCAAAUUAAACGAUGACUCUAAAAAUUUAGUUAGCUAAAAUCUAAAAGACCAAAAUAAAAUAAAGAAGGAUGAAGAGGAGUUUAUAGAGAUAAACCGAGAUUACUUUGACAAAUUCUCUUUCAAACCAUCUGGCAAGAGUACUGCUGAAAGAUCUCAAAUAUAAAAGACUAACUUAAGCAGAGUAUCUGAGGAGAGUUAUACUAAAAGCAAGGAAAGGAUUGAAUAAGAUAACUAGAUGGACAUUAAUUAUGAUGGUGGGGAACUCUCUAGUACUUUUGAGGAAGGAAUGUUUAUAUAAAUCUAUGAUGAAAUUAAACAUAACUGGUGUGUAAUAUGCCCAUUUACAGGCCAAUAUUAUCCAUAACCAGAGCAAGUUUAGACAUACUUUAGAAUCUAAAAGACUCUAUUUAUUAUUGCAACUCAGCCUUACUCUUCUUAUGAAUCAAUGCGAAAACCUAAUAAAUCUCAGCAAUACUAAGUUUUCAUGAGAGAAAUAGGAACAACUUUCGUGAACUAGAAAUUCAUAAAAGACUACUUAAAGUCUAAAAAUAGUUGUAUUCUCACAAAAUUUGUUGAGGAUUUCAUUCAUAAAUUUGCCCCCUACAUUUCUCAUUAUGCCGACAAGAAAGUCAAAGGCAUUAUCCAGUUAGAGUAAGAAUAAAUAGAGUAGACUGAGAUGAAUUUUAUUCCUUCUACUACAAAUGAAUUCAAAAAUAACAAGUAUUACACACUUCCCUCUAUAAUUAAAAAGUACCAAGGAUUUUUGCCUCAAGCAUAACCUCUACCUGAUAAGAAUUUCAAAGGAGAGCCAAUAUUUUUGAAGAAAGAUGUAUCAGAGUUGCAUACAGUAGAGAGAUGGAGAAGGCAUGCAAGGGAAGUUAAGAGAGGUGAGGAACCAAUGAAAAGAGUUAAGGGAUUGUAUAAUGAUUCAGAAAGAAUGGCUGAAUUAUAUGGGUUUUGGUAAACCUAGCCUUGGAAAAAUGAGUUGACAGAAGAUGGCAAAAUACCUAGACUAAUGAGCGGUCCAAUACCUGAGGGCACUAUGCAUAUUGAUAUCCCAAAAGCUGCUUUAAUUUGUAAAAAGCUAGACAUAGAUUUUGUUCCUGCAGUAAUUGGAUUUGAAAAAGGAGGUAAUGGUAAAAGUCACCCUUGUGUCUCAGGAGUCGUAACUUUUUAGAAAUAUGAGAAACAAGUACUAGAUGAAUACAAGAAGCUAAUGGAACAAUCGAAAAAAAGGGAACAAGAUAACCUUUAGAAAAAAGCUAAAAAAGCAUGGAAAUCACUUAUCAGAUCAAUACUUGUAAAAAAAUAUGUGGCUAGCGCUUACGAUCUUGGCGAAGUACCGAUGUAAGCUUGA